CCUCCUCGCCCUGUAGAACCAUGGGACGACGUUAUGGAUGCCUCGGCUGAUAAAAUCGGUUGCCCAUCAGUUGUCUCUAUUGAAUCUUUAAAGAAGUUGGACGAUGUGAUGGACAUCGAAGACUGCCUCACAUUGACUAUAACCACGCCUGAUAUCACAGGUCGAUAUCCAGUUCUUGUGUACAUACAUGGCGAAUAUUUGUUUGAGGGCAGCAAUGCUGAGGCACCGCCUGAUUAUUUGCUAGAAAAAGAUAUUAUAUUAGUGGCGCCACAGUACCGACUAGGUCCAUUCGGUUUUCUAUCAACAAAAACUGAAGACAUACCUGGUAACGCGGGAGUAUUGGACGUGUAUCUGGCAUUACAAUUUGUUAAACAUUUCAUCAAAUAUUUUGGAGGUGAUGAGAAUCGGGUGACACUAGCGGGUCAAGUAGGUGGUGCAGCAAUCACGCAUUUGCUUGCCAUUUCACCAAUGGUCCAGCAUGGGCUUUUCCAACAGGCUAUAUACCAUUCAGGGUCGGCUCUUAUGCCCAUUUUCCUAGAAGAAAAUCCGCGAAAACUUGCUCAGGAUAUCGCUGAAAAGGCCGAAUGCAAAAUGAAAACAGUGCGGGAUUUAAACGAGUGUUUAAUGGAUUUGUCAGCACUGGAACUACUGAGUGCCUUUAUGACCCAUGCUAUUGAAAAAUCCGAUUUGGGUGUGGGGCACACCGGUGGCAUUCAGUUUACGAUUGGCGGACCCAGCGGCGUGUUGCCUGAGCACCCAUAUAAUUUAAUGCUCAAAUCGAACUUUUCUUACCCCUCAAUGGGUGGGUGCCCUAAGAAUGUUGGUUCACGACUUUUGAAUGAAAUCGUUGAAAAUGACUUCGAAAGCAUCAUACCAGACGAUAGUUACAGAUCGUACGAUUAUAUAGAUCAUGUUAUUCGUCAAGUUGUGGGCACGGAUAAAACCAUGAUGUUGACUAGUUUCAUCACUCACGACUUUUUUAAUAGGAAGUUGAUGGAAAAUGGCACCUUCAGCACUUUGAUACCACGUUUAAUCGAUGUCGGUGGUACUUUGAUGCAUAAACUUCCCGUGCUACUGGCACUAAAUAUGAAUAACAAGCACGUUCCAGACAACACAUUUCUCUAUUCAUUUGAAUACAUGGGCGAGUUCAAUCGGUAUCGUGACUUGGACGAAGAGACUAACAUGCAGAGUCCUUUUAAAGCAGGCAUCUCAUUAACAGAUGAAGCACUAUAUCUCUUCCCUUACCCACAACAUGUCGCCAACUUAAGCUCGCCCGAUGUGUCGAUGGCGAAGCGUAUGGUGGACUUAUGGUCUUCAUUUGUGAUUAACGGUAAUCCUCUAAGCGACCUGCGAGCGGGAUAUUGGCCGCCUAUGACCACAUUGUAUGGUCCUUACAUGAAAAUAAGCGAAACGUUAACGGUGAGCGGUAAUUUCUUCAAUGAGUNAUUGAUACCACGUUUAAUCGAUGUCGGUGGUACUUUGAUGCAUAAACUUCCCGUGCUACUGGCACUAAAUAUGAAUAACAAGCACGUUCCAGACAACACAUUUCUCUAUUCAUUUGAAUACAUGGGCGAGUUCAAUCGGUAUCGUGACUUGGACGAAGAGACUAACAUGCAGAGUCCUUUUAAAGCAGGCAUCUCAUUAACAGAUGAAGCACUAUAUCUCUUCCCUUACCCACAACAUGUCGCCAACUUAAGCUCGCCCGAUGUGUCGAUGGCGAAGCGUAUGGUGGACUUAUGGUCUUCAUUUGUGAUUAACGGUAAUCCUCUAAGCGACCUGCGAGUGGGAUAUUGGCCGCCUAUGACCACAUUGUAUGGUCCUUACAUGAAAAUAAGCGAAACGUUAACGGUGAGCGGUAAUUUCUUCAAUGAGUUCUCAGCAACGCUCGUAGACGAAGAAAAUGGUCACAGCUUAGUCCGUGAAAGUUACUACCUGCGGAGGAACCGUGCUAAGAGACGACGCACAGUUAAGCGUAAUAGUCACAACAAACUUAAUUGAAAUACUUUCCCGGAAAUACGUCAUACUUUGCCAAAAAAUGUGUUUAAUUCGUGAUAUUGAUUUAGUUAAAUACUAAGCUUAAUUUUAAAUUCUUAAAUCUUUUUUGCGGACCAUAUAUGUUUGUUUACGUACUUAUGUCAGUAUGCAUGUACUAGGAAUGUCAAUCCCGGGACUUUUUAAGGUCUCGAAAAUCACGGGAUUCUUGGCAAGUAAUCCCGGGAUUUUCCGGAUUUGUA